CACCAACAGACGGGCGAUUUCCUCCGCCGUAUCGGCUGCCGCGAAUUCUCAUCUUUGUCAGAUUAUCUCACCGGAGACCCGAUCGGAAACCAGAGAUUCGAAUCCGGAUUAAAAUAAAAACGAAGUACCGAAUCCUUCUCUGGUUUCCUUCAAUCGCCACAAUGGCCGCCAUCGUAGUACGGAUCUUUCUGAUUUCAAUCCUCUGCCUGAUCGGCCUCGCCUCCGCCGCCCAAUCAGUCAUACGAAUGCCCAGCGACCGAACGGCCGGCGAGACGGACAGUUUCUGCAACAGCUGGAGGCUAUCGGUGGAGACGAACAACGCCGGGUUGUGGUCGACGCCGGAGGGAUGCCUGGGGUACCGAGUGGAUUACUUCACGGGAGUCCAGUACGCUUCGGAUUUGACGGUGGUGGCGUCGGAUUCGAUCGCGUUCGCCAGGAGCGUGACGCCCGCCGGGGACGGGAAGGACGGCUGGGUUUUCGACGUCGACGAGACUCUGCUCUCCAACCUACCGUUCUACGAGAAGUUCGGAUACAGCGCCGAGUCGUUCAACGAGGAAUUGUGGAACGAGUGGGUGAAUUCGACGGCGGCAGAAGCACUGCCGGAGAGCCUGGGGUUGUACAGGGAGCUGAAAGAGCUAGGGUUCACAGUGUUCAUCCUGACAGGACGUGACGAAUUCCAGAGGAAUGCAACCACAGCCAACCUCCUGGCCGCAGGUUUCAGGGAUUGGGAAAAGCUAAUCCUGAGGGGGAAAUCCGAUCGAGGGAAGCGAGCAGUGGUGUACAAAUCGGAGAAGAGGCAAGAGCUGGUGGAUCAAGGGUACAGGAUUCAUGGCAACUCUGGCGAUCAAUGGAGUGAUUUGUUAGGCUACGCCAUGGCGGUGAGGUCCUUCAAGUACCCUAAUCCAUUGUACUACAUUGCCUAGUUCCUCUGCUGCUGCAUAAUGUAGCAUAACAUCCAACGACGGAAUGGCGGCGGCCUGAUCUGCAGCCUCUCGUCAUUCCUUUUUUUUUUUUUUUUUCUUAUGUAUUAGGGUUCGUAGCAGGAAAUCCUUUACAGAAGUUAGCACAGAUUUGACAUUUUUUUGGUCUUGACCUUCUGUAGUGGUAAAUAUUGUAAUCUGAGCGGCCUUUUGUGUUCUUCUAUCAAAAUGUACUGUACAUAGUGGUUUUAUUACAUCAUUAUAACUUGACUUAUUGUGUAAAAUUAACAGUUUUUUUAGACGUUUCAUCAACUUAGCUUUACUACGCAAGUGGCUGAUCGAAUCUCCAUGGAUGCAUAUUAUGCAAGAGGCGAAGGUGUUCUGGUCUUCUCAAGUAUAUCUGCUC